GGGAGCCCGAUAAUGGCGGCCAGGAGGAGAGAGCUCGGCGGCAGCUCUGAGACACCUUGACCUUGAAGAUGGUGAGUAGCCAGCCAAAAUACGAUCUAAUAAGAGAGGUUGGUCGUGGCAGCUAUGGUGUGGUAUAUGAAGCAGUUGUAAGGAAAACCUCUGCGCGUGUUGCGGUGAAGAAAAUUCGAUGUCAUGCUCCAGAGAACGUAGAAUUAGCCUUGCGUGAGUUCUGGGCACUUAGUAGUAUUAAAAGCCAACACCCAAAUGUAAUCCACUUGGAAGAAUGCAUAUUGCAAAAAGACGGCAUGGUUCAGAAGAUGUCCCAUGGUUCCAGUUCUUCACUUUAUUUACAGCUUGUAGAGACCUCCUUGAAAGGUGAAAUUGCCUUUGAUCCCAGAAGUGCCUACUAUCUUUGGUUUGUGAUGGAUUUUUGUGAUGGAGGUGAUAUGAAUGAAUACCUCCUAUCCCGAAAGCCCAGCCGUAAGACCAACACUAGUUUUAUGCUUCAGCUCAGCAGCGCCCUGGCUUUUCUGCACAAAAAUCAGAUCAUUCACCGUGACCUCAAGCCUGACAACAUCUUGAUCUCUCAAAGCAGGAUGGAUGCUAGUGACUUGGAACCUACUUUGAAAGUAGCAGACUUUGGCCUCAGCAAGGUUUGUUCAGCAUCGGGGCAAAAUCCUGAAGAGCCUGUGAAUGUAAAUAAAUGUUUUCUGUCUACAGCUUGUGGCACAGACUUCUACAUGGCUCCUGAAGUUUGGGAAGGUCACUACACUGCCAAAGCAGACAUUUUUGCAUUGGGGAUUAUAAUCUGGGCAAUGUUAGAAAGGAUCACUUUCAUAGACACAGAGACCAAGAAAGAACUCUUGGGCAGUUACGUGAAACAAGGGACUGAGAUUGUACCCGUUGGAGAGGCAUUGCUGGAAAAUCCAAAAAUGGAACUACUCAUACCUGUUAAGAAAAAGAAAAUGAAUGCUUGCAUGAAACAGCUGAUUAAGGAAAUGCUUUCUGCUAACCCACAAGACCGGCCAGAUGCUUUUGAACUAGAACUCCGGUUAGUCAAAAUUGCUUUUAAAGACAGCAGUUGGGACACGUGACUUGUGAAGAAGUACUCUGCCUUUUUGGCAGGAAUGUGUAUAACAAUGGUGCAGCAUUUUAAAGAAG